AUGGCGACCGGCGGCUACCGCAGCGCCGGUGGCAGCACCACAGACUUUCUGGAAGAGUGGAAAGCCAAGCGGGAGAAGAUGCGGGCGAAGCAGGCGCCGCCGGCCCCUGCCGGGGUGGCCGCUGCAGGGGAGCCCAGGCCGGUGGGGGGCGCCUCCUCCGCCGAGCUGAACAACAACCUGCCCCCGGGAGGCCCGGCUGCCCCGCCCGACCGCGCGGCGCCCCCCGCCGGCGGGGCCGUCAACUGCGUCAGCCUCUCCAGUGCCGCCUUGGGCCGGGCCGCCCCUGCCAAGGAGCCUUCGCCGGCCCUGGCCGGAGGCCGCGGGACAGAGCCUGCCGCCAAGCCCCCUCCUGCCGCCGCGCCGGGCUCCCCCGAGGGUGACGAGAAGCUGGCCGCCAAAGGGAAAAAUUCAGGUCCCAGCGCCAGGAAGGGGAAAGGGCAGAUCGAGAAGAGGAAGCUGAGGGAGAAGAGGAGGUCGACAGGUGUGGUGAACAUCCCGGCUGCCGAGAGCCUUGAUGAGUAUGAAGAUGAUGAAGCAGGGCAGAAGGAAAGGAAGAAGGAGGAUGCUAUUACCCAACAGAAUACAAUAGAAAAUGAAAGUUCUUGUGCAGAUACCUCUGGCUCAUACUUGUUUCAGGACUCUUCAAGGAUGGUUUCAAGCAGGUAUAAAAGCACAGCUAAUGCACCGGAAGAUGAUCCCAACAGAUACUCCCGGACAGACAGGACAUCUUACAGCAGAUACAGCAGGGAUGCAAACUCUUCUGGCACUUCCAUACCAAGUAACACUUUGGAAAAGAGGAUUGAAGAGCUGGAAAGGGAGCUCGCGAAGGAGAGACAGGAAAACGUGAGACUAGUGAAGAUGGCACAGGACAAAGAGGAACUAAUUGGAAAGCUGAAGGAAGAAAUUGAUUUAUUAAACAGAGACCUAGAUGAUAUAGAAGAUGAAAAUGAGCAAUUGAAGCAAGAAAAUAAAACCCUCUUAAAAGUUGUUGGACAGCUGACAAGGUAG